AUGGCUCGAAAGAAAGAAACGACCGAAGAGCAGAAAGCCGUCGCUCGAGAUAGAAAACGAAGGGAGCGUAGCAGAAAGAAGAAUGAGGAUUCUGCAUCCACAGCUUCUCGAGACGCCGAGCAAGAGUCUUUGCCAGCUUCAGUGAUGAGUAUGAAUGAUGUUUCCUUGGAUGGAAUGUCCAUCAACCUACCCGAGGAUCAGCUGGAAACACCAACUUCUGAUUCUAUGUCGGUGGAUCAAACGGAUGAUCAACGCUCUGAAGGGAAUCGUGUUUCUUCUGACACAAUGUUUUCCCAGUGUGCAAUUGAUGACGGCAGAGAAUUAUUCCAUCCGCCGAAGACAGAGAAAAACAAAAAGGAAUUGAAUCUGAUGACCGAUGCUGAGCGAAAAGAAUAUAAUAGAAUCAAACAAAAGAAGUAUCGUGACAGGAAAAAACUUGCAUCCACGUCUGCAUCUACUCCAGUGCUGUACGAUUCUAUCGAUUCAGAAUCAAUGGAGCAACCGGAACCCAAAGAGAGGAAGUCAAAGAAACGCCAAGCGGCCGACAGCGACGACUUUGCGAUUCCUCGAACUCCAAGGAAACAGGCGUGCACAACGGGACCUCAGUUCGAACCAAGAGGCAAUAAGUCAAGCAAACUCCGUAUUGGAUUCAUCGAUUUAUUUGAUGUGGAAGCGUGUGCUCUUGUUGUCCCAUUUUAUGAGGACUCCGCUUCUGAUAUUGAUUCAGAAUUCCAGAAGAUGAUCCGUCUUUGUUCCCAUAAUGCACCCAACAGUUUCAAGGAGUUUGAAGAGAAGUUUCAAAACGAAUGGAAAGCGGAUUUGGACAACUACGAGACACAUAGCUACUAUUGGGGCUAUAAUCGUGACAUCGGUCUGCCAAUGAACACUAUUCUGGUUAAACCUCCCGAGAUAAAAAACAAAAAGUUUACCCUUGCCAAUGAAACUCAUUUACGAGCUUCAAUCUUAUCAUGUCUUCUUACGGCAGACAAGUCAGGAGUACGAAGCAUCGCUUUUCCAAUAAUGGGACAUGGAAUCGACCCCCCGAAAUCGGUAGCUAUUCAACUUCAAACUAUUUUUGCGUAUAUGGGAGCUGUGAAGUUUACGAACCUGGAGCUCAUCUACAUUAUUACCCCAAAUAUGGAAGUCUACAAUGUUCUUGGCGAGUUCUUGUUCUACAUCAACGAAUUCUAUUUGAAGCAUUGA